AAAUAAACCCGCGUCCCCAGUCUGACAACACCCCAGACCACUUGAGCUCUACGUCUGACGGUAGCCAUCAUGUCUACCACACUACUAACUGUCGAAACAACAGCAUCUGCAAAGUCCAGAAGUACGAGCAAGAACUCCAUUAACAGCGCCUGCAUUGAAGACCGCACCGUUGAAAGUGGUUACCUCUCGGCGUUACAAGAACGGCUAUUAGCGGAAUGUGCUAUACUGAGCCGCGACCGCGACUGGGAACAGGCGUUGGUCCUCGAGGUCGGCUGCGGUUGCGGAGACACGACAACCCAGCUCCGACUGCGCCUCUCGCCCUUGCUUAUCCGAGGUAUCUACGGGAUUGACAGUAAUUCAAACGCCAUCGAUUACGCAUUCAAUAACUACGCCGAUGAAAUGACAGAUUUCGCUGUGGCCGAUGUUGAAGACACGAGCACGUUUGAGCUCAAGUGGGGAGGCAUGUUCGACUGGAUUUUUUCGUCGCACGCGUUGUUGUUCGUCAAGGAUCAGUCGAAAGCCUUACAGAACCUGUUGUGGUGCUUACGACCUGGGGGUCGCUGUUUCUUCGCUGUGCCUGCAGCAAAACCAUCCGAUUUGCACUCUGCUGUCGUCAAGGUGUUGCAGUCGUCAACGUGGAAAAAAUACUUUGAAAGCAUACCAGAACUGCUGUCCGAUAUGGCAGACAAGAACUUCAACCGCUUGUGGUUCCACCAUGCGCAAGCGGACCGCAUCUAUUCGGCACUCUUGGAGCAGGUCGGCUACCAGGUGCUCAAGACGAAGCAGAUCGACUUCAAGUACGAUUUUGCAUCUGCAGCUGAGUACAAAGAAUGCCUGGAGAACGUGUUUUUGAAGCCCAUUCAGCUAAUUCCUACGGACAAGAGACCCGCUUUUCUCAAAGAGCUCAUCAAGGCAGCUUUGAAGAAACUCAAGAAGAACAAAGAUGGGACUUACACGUGGAACAUGAAGUAUGUUCUUGUGCUUGCCAGGAGGCCUACGCUGUAACAUCUGUAAUCACAUUUGUAUGACCAAAACAAAUUACCUGAAAUUGUGGUGGGAACACUCUCAUGUUCCAUUCUGCUACGUUGUGCCGGCAAUACGCAUGAAAUACAUUUUCACUUCAUGUGGAUGAAA